AUGGAAGCUCGAUGUGAGAAUAUGGUUCUUAACUCAUUCGAUGGUCACAAGUUUCCGCUCACUACGACUACUAUCCAUGAGAAUGGAUCAUCCAUCAUCAAUGAAAUGGAUUUCUUUUCAAACAGUAACAACGACAACAACAACAACAACAAUCCAUUGAUGAGCAUUCAUGUUAAAGAAGAGAAAGAAUAUGAUCAACAACUCCAACUCAACUUGAAUGUCGGUUCGACAAGUACAACAAGCAACAAUGGUGGAUCUCCACAUACAGACAACCAAACUGGUCAUAAGCUUGCUAUUCUACGGGAGGAUCUCGCGAAAAUGAAGAGAGAAAACGAAGGUUUACGGUCGAUGCUUGCUCAAGUUAACGAAAAAUAUGUUUUCUUGCAUAGAAUCAUUCAAGAAAAAAUGGUUACUCGCGAAACGAUAGACGAAAUGAAGUCGAUUAUGACAAAAGACGAUACGAAGCAAAGCUUGUUGGUUCCCUUGGAAUUCAAGAAUCUGAAUCAAACGAUAAAGAUUGAUCCGAAUGUGGAUACGAACAAAAAUGGCGAGUUCGAUUCACCCAAGGACGGUGAUCGAGGAGGAGCGGUUGAAGCAACGAUCAGAAGGGCUCGUGUAUCGGUUCGAGCUCGAUCUCAAGCAUCCAUGAUUACUGAUGGUUGUCAAUGGAGAAAAUACGGGCAAAAAUUGGCGAAAGGGAAUCCAUGUCCUCGAGCUUACUAUCGUUGCACCAUGGCCGUCGGUUGUCCGGUUCGCAAACAAGUACAACGAUGUGCCGAAGAUCAGACAAUUUUGAUAACAACAUACGAAGGCACACACAACCAUCCGUUACCACAAUCCGCCAUGGCGAUGGCUUCCACCACCUCUGCCGCCGCCUCUAUGCUACUGUCCGGAUCAAUUUCAAGCUCCGACCACCACCACCACAACCUGAUUUCACCCGGAUCCAUGCUUUCUUCUCCAAAUCUAACCACCACCUUAUCCGCCACCGCCCCAUUUCCGACCAUCACAUUAGACCUCACCUCCGACCACCACGAUCUCCGGCAACCAUCGCCCUUUCACUUCCCUUUCUCGACAAACAUGAAUUGUAAUAUCGAUCAAAACUCCAACAUCCCAAUGGCUACGGGACAGUUGGCUGCUGCACAACAGUACAACAAUAAUGCAACAAAGUUUUCCGGUGUCCAGAGAUCGGACCAACAGCUGAUGGAUGCCGCCACGGCUGCCGUGACAUCGGAUCCACAGUUUAUGGCUGCUUUAGCUGCAGCCAUCGGAUCAAUUAUCGGCCAUGGUAAUGAUAACAAUAACGAUAAUAAUUUCAACAGAAAUUAAAUUAGAUAUAUAAGUUUGUGGUGAGUAUAUAUUU